AUGAUUGAUCAAUUUGUGAUCUUCUCUGCACAGGGACAGGUUUUGUACCAUUUCAGUCCACACGGAAAGCGACUGGGCGAGUUGCAGGUGAACAAAGUCAUAGCCCAGUUGAUCAGUAGUCCGGUCAGAAGAGAGGAAACCGGUCAGAGAUAUGGUUUGCUGCAUUUGGACCAGUUUACAGCUAUGUAUCAUGCUACUAAACAACCGCCAAUAAGCUUUCUUGUCACAUACGCGGGCAAUGAUUUGGAUUUGAACCAGGAGGCAGAACAAGUGUUAAAUCUGGGAAUAAAACUAUGGGAGUCAUUGGAACUCAAUCAAAAAAUCGAGCUUAAUCUCAACGGGAAGGGUGCCAAAAACCAGCAUAAUUUUACUUGGAUUUUAACCAGCGGUGAAUCGCAAAUCGAAAGGUUUGACGAGUAUUUUAGAGCGAAGUUCAAUUCCCUUAGUGCUCCCAAGACCAAGGCUAAGGAAAGCGUGCAACCAAUUAGAACCAACACGCAUGCUCCUAAGUCUGUAAAGAAAUCAACCAUAAAUCACAAGUCCCGAAAGUGGGGCCGGGACGGUAUGAUGGAAGAAUCUAGUCAAGGCGAUACGUCGUCGCUCGAUUUUUCUGGCGACACAAGUUUAGAAUCGUCACCAGCGCCGGCGGCGGAUGUGGAUAAAGAGUCUUUCGGAGUGAGGAACGACAAAGGAGACUUUCUCAUCAAAGAAAUCGAUGAACUGCUCGGGAAAAACAAAUCGAAUUCUGCCAAGGCCCUUGAUUCGAACGCGGGAGCAUUUGGCUUCUUACAGAAGCAUCUGCUUGGCAACAAGAAAAUUACUCAUGAUGAUUUGAUAAAGGUUUUGGAGAAGUUGAAACAAAAGCUGAUAACUAAAAAUGUAGCACCGGAAGCUGCAGAUCAUCUAACCUCCAGAGUAUCGCAAAGCUUGAUAGGGACAACGACUGCAAGCUGGACUAGUGUCGAGAAUACAGCUAGGGAAACCCUCCAGCAAACUUUGACAGAAAUAUUGACCCCAGGAGUUUCAGUAGACCUGCUUCGUGAAAUUCAACAGAAAACUGAAAGUGCUGGUAAGAAAAGCCCAUAUGUUUUUUCCGUAGUUGGCGUGAACGGUGUCGGUAAAUCUACUAAUUUGUCCAAACUCGCCUUUUGGUUGCUUCAAAAUAAUUUCAGAGUUCUCAUUGUGGCUUGUGACACUUUCAGAUCGGGUGCCGUAGAGCAGCUACGAGUCCAUGUUGAAAACCUUGCUAAACUGACAGACGAAUCUCAUAUUCGUGGUUCCAAGAAUAGACGUGGCAAGAGUGGUAAUGACUUUGUUGAGCUCUUCGAAGCUGGUUAUGGUGGUUCUGAUUUGGUCACAAAGAUUGCCAAGCAAGCCAAAAAGUACGCAAGUGAUCAAAAUUUUGAUGUGGUGCUUAUGGAUACUGCUGGUAGAAGACAUAACGAUCCGGCCUUAAUGUCACCUUUGAAACCAUUUGCUGACCAAGCAAAACCAGAUAAAAUCAUCAUGGUCGGAGAAGCGCUAGUGGGCACCGAUUCGGUCCAGCAGGCCAAAAACUUCAAUGCCGCCUUUGGCAAAGAAAGAAAUUUGGAUUUCUUCAUAAUUUCCAAAUGUGAUACCGUCGGUGAGAUGCUAGGUACUAUGGUCAAUAUGGUUUAUGCUACAGGAAUUCCUAUCUUAUUUGUUGGAGUUGGCCAAACUUACACUGACCUAAGAACGCUGAGCGUUGAGUGGGCAGUCGACACGUUAAUGUCUUGA